AGUUAGUCAGUCAGUUGUCAUUGUCACACAAUCACAAGUUCAAAACAAGGUGUGAACGCUGCUAUAGGGAAACCAGGAGAAGGGCGUAACACGUCGUAUUCCUCGCGUGAUGAGUAUAGUAGCCCUGGCAGCCCCGGCAUAGCGUGCGCAACCAUGGGACGAGCAGGAGCCGCCAUGAAGCCGCACACUCGCGAUGACUUCCACAACGGAGACGAGGGCUCCGGGUCGGACUCGGAGGCGGGCUCGGAGACGGACAGCGAGCUGUGGGUGGAGGACCGCGAGGCGCCGGCCCGCGCGCUGGCCGCGCUCAACGCGCUGCGCAAGUCGCGCCAGCACUACGACGUGGUGCUGCUGGCGGGCGGCGCCGAGGUGCCGGCGCACCGCGCGCUGCUGGCCGCGGCCUCGCCCUACCUGCUGCAGGCGCUGGCGGCGCCCGCGUCGCCGGCCGCGCCCGCCGCGCCCGACGCGCCCGCCGCGCCGCCGGCCGCGCCCGCCAUCCGCGUCGAGGGCGUGGACGCCGACGCGCUGCGCGACCUGGUGGACUACAUGUACACGGGCCGCCUGAGCGCCCGCGACGCGGCGGCCGCGCGCCGCCUGUACUGCGGCGCGUGGCGCCUGCGCCUCGAGGCGGCGCGCGCGGCGCUGGCCGAGCGCCUCGUGCGCCGCCUGGCGCCCGGCGACUGCCUCGACACGCGCGCGCUGCCCGACCUGCCGCCGCAGUACCUCGAGCAGCUCGACGCCUACAUCGCCGACAACUUCGACGAGUUAUGCACGAGCGGCGCCCUGGCCGCGCUGCCGCUGGUGCGCAUAGAGAUGCUGCGCGCGUCGAGCGCCGACGGCGGGGAGGAAGCGCCGACCGCCGUGGCCGAGGCCGCCCUCGCCUGGCUGCGCGACCACGACGUGCCCGACACGCUGGAGGAGCUGUGCUCGCGCACGCACCUGGUGUUCGUGGACGGGCGCGGCGCGCUGCGCGACUGCGGCGAGCUGCCGGCGGCGCGCGGCGACGCGCCCGAGCUGCAGGAGUACCGGCGCGCCGCGCACCUGCGCGCCGAGCGGCCGGGGCGCCGCGCGCCGCCGCCGCGCCCGCUGGCCGGCCUGGAGCUGGGCGCGCGCCGCCCGCGGCCGCACUGCGCCGUGCUGGCGGCGCGCGGCGCCGGCGCCGGGCCCGCGCCGCAGGCCGCGUGCCGCGUCACGCGCGCGCUGCUGGCGCUGCACGGCCGCCUCGUGGCGGCGCGCGUGGCGUGGCGCGACGUGGGCGACGCGGCCGGCGUGGCCGUGGGCGGCCCGCUGGGCGGCGCGCGCGACGCCGAGGGCGCGCGCCGCGCCUCGCUGGCCGUGGGCCGCUGCGCGCACGGCUCGGCCGUGCUGGGCGCGCGCCUCGUGGUGUGCGGCGGCUACGACCGCGCGCGCGUGCUGCGCGCCGCCGAGGCCUACGACCCCGAGGCCAACGAGUGGCGCCCGCUGCCCGACCUGCGCACGGCGCGGGCGCGCUUCCCGGCCGCGCGGCUCGGGGACGCGCUGUACGUGUGCGGCGGCAGCGACGGCCACAACGAGCUGGACUCGGUGGACGUGUACACGGAGGCCGCGGCCGCCUGGGCCCCGCGCGCGCGGCUGCCGGUGGCGGCGUCGCACGCGGCCGCGGCCGGCGACGACGAGCACGACGUGCUGUACGUGGUCGGCGGCUGGGCCGGCGGCCGCAGCCUGCGCAGCGUGCACAAGUACGACCCCGCCACCGACGCCUGGAGCGAGGCGCCUUCGCUCAUUUCCGGUCGGUCGCAGUGCGCGGCCGUGGUGUGGGAGGGCGCGCUGUGGGCGCUGGGCGGCUGCGACGCGUGGCACUGCGUGGCCAGCACGGAGCGGCUGCCGCUGGCGCCGGGCGCGCAGUGGGCGGCGGGCGUGGCGCUGCCCACGGCGCGGCGCUCCGUGGGCGGCUGCGUGUGGCGCGCGCGCCUGGUGUCGGCGGGCGGCUCGGACGGCGCCGCGUCGCUGCGCCGCGUGGACUGGCUGGCGCCGCGCGCCGCCGCCUGGCGCGCGCUGCCGCCGCUGCGCCGCGCGCGCGCCGCGCUGGGGCUGCUGGCGCUGCACGACGUGCUCUACGCCGUGGGCGGCUUCGACGGCAAGGAGUUCCUGUCGUGCGUGGAGUGCCUGUACUCGCCCGAGGGCGAGUGGACCACGCUGUGCGCGCCGCCGCCGCCGCGCCCGCCGCUGCCCGGCGCCGGCGCCGCCGCCGCGCUGCCCGAGGACGCCGACGACCCGUCCGAGGACUCGCAGCGGCUGGAGAACGGCGCCGCGGCGUCCGCGGGGCGAGAGUGACGCCGAGGCGGCCGUACAUAGAUAAAUAUAUUUUUAUAAGGUAGCGGUGGAAGGGGAAGAAGUAUUAAUUUUAUUGAAUAGUUAUACUUUUAUUACGCCACGAUGUAGGCGAGCCAGCGCCGAGGGUCGUAUUAUUGUAACCACCUACCUCAAAAUUGUGCCGCGGGACUCCGCGCACGCGCACUCGACGCCACCCGCCGCGGCGACGGUGACGUCACACGCGGGGUGACUCCGGCGCCGGGGGCUGCGUCACGGGGAAGCAAAGUUGAUGCCUUUAUAUGCAUUUUACGUAACUGAUACAUUGUCCAUAUGCAUGUAUUGUAUAUAUUGCUCUUUUGUACCUAUCUACUUAUUUUUAAUAAAUUAUUAUAUCAUUCCGGGUGCAGAGUGAAUGAAUAACGACUUGCAAAAUUGUUUCGCUGAUUCUCCAGGCUGGAACAUGGUAGACAGAUAAAUUGAACAUUAUUAUUAUGAAUUGAAGACGUGAUGUGCGAGUCUUUAGUUGACUGUGCAGCCGGCGACGGCGACGGGCCGGGCGCGGGCGGGCGAGGUGACGUCACCAGUCACCAGUGCGUGGCUGGGGUUAUCGAGGGUGCAGAGAAACAACAUUUUGGUACCCUGCCUUAAUCAUAUCAUACUACGUCAUGACACGUACUAGUUUCUGGAAUUAGGAGAACUCGGCUCGUCCCGCGCCGCGGCCCGCUCCGACACACGCGUCGCCAGUAGUGCGCCGCGCGCGCCUAGUGUAGGGUCCACAUUAAAAGACACUAGAGUAAGUCCCGUCCGCGCCCUGCGGACGCUAGUUAUAAUCGUUUAUGGUUACUAAAUAAAUGCAUUUUAUGUGGGCAAA